CAGCUAUGCCGCGGGAGGCAGAAUAUCGUCCGGAGGCUGGGAGCGACAGCCGAGGCACCGGAGGACGGACCCGGGGACGGCGGCACCGGGGGGCGGCUGGCAGACGUUAGCAGCUUACCUUCCCCUCAACCUCUCAACCCGACAUCGAUCUGGCACUGGGGGGGUUUUGGACCACACAUAGUCGCUUCCGGAGCGACGCCGCCGUAAUAAUGUUGCUGCUCGCCGUCUGAGGAUUUAUGCCUCCCGGUUCUUUCUUUGUGAGUGAAACUUGAAGCCAGACGAUAAGCGACAGCAGCGGCGCUCACUAUGGUUUUGUUGGCGGUCCGCAGCAGGAGAUGUCUGGAUCGCUGCUGGAUGGGGACGCUGUGCCUUCAGUUGUUGCUGUGGAUUUUAUGUGCCGUGAACGGAGAGGAGCAGCCGUUCAGCGUGGAGGCAUGGCUCCAAAGGUAUGGCUACCUCCCCCCUGCAGACCCCAGAAUGUCAGUGCUGCGUUCUGCCCGAGUCAUGCAGUCUGCUAUUGCUGCCAUGCAGCGCCGCUACGGCCUCAAUGUUACAGGGACUCUGGACAGCAGCACCAUAGACAAUAACACGCUAAGGUGGAUGAAGAAGCCCCGAUGUGGCGUUCCUGACCAGAUGGCAGGUGUAACCAAAUUCAACGUCAGGAAACGGCGGUACGCCCUCACGGGACAAAAGUGGCAACACAAACAUAUCACUUACAGCAUAAAGAACGUGACACCCAAAGUCGGCGCCGAGGAGACCCACGAUGCCAUCAGACGAGCCUUCGACGUGUGGCAAAACGUGACGCCGCUGCGCUUCGAGGCCGUGCCCUACAGCGAACUGGAGCGCACCAAGAAGGACGUGGACAUCACCAUCAUCUUCGCCUCCGGUUUCCACGGUGACAGCUCCCCGUUUGACGGUGAAGGCGGAUUCCUGGCGCACGCCUACUUCCCGGGGCCGGGCAUCGGAGGAGACACACACUUUGACUCGGACGAGCCGUGGACACUCGGCAACCCCAACCAUGAUGGUAAUGAUUUGUUCCUGGUGGCGGUACAUGAGCUUGGCCACGCUCUUGGACUGGAGCACUCCAACGACCCCACGGCCAUCAUGGCUCCCUUCUACCAGUACAUGGACACCGAGAACUUCAAACUACCUAUGGACGACCUGCUGGGCAUCCAGAAGAUUUAUGGGCCUCCUGAUAAGAUUCCACAGCCCACCAAGCCUUUGCCAACGGUGCCCCCCGCACGCUCCCACCCACCGUCGGACCCACGCAAACCAGACAGGCAGACCAGACCCCCAAGACUUCCACCCGGGGACAGACCAUCCCACCCCAAUUCCAAGCCCAACAUCUGCGAUGGAAGCUUCAACACCCUGGCCAUCCUAAGAAGAGAGAUGUUUGUCUUUAAGGACCACUGGUUCUGGCGAGUCCGAGACAACUCGGUUAUGCCCGGGUACCCCAUGCUCAUCAGCGUUUUCUGGAGGGGUCUGCCACCCAAGAUCGAUGCCGUCUACGAGAACAGCGAAGGAAAGUUUGUUUUUUUUAAAGGGAAGCAGUUCUGGGUGUUCAAGGACACGGUGUUGCAGUCGGGAUACCCGAAGGACAUCAGCCAGUUCGGCCACGGCAUGCCCACUCAGAGCAUCGAGACGGCCGUGUGGUGGGAGGAUGUGGCCAAGACCUACUUCUUCAAAGGGGACAGGUACUGGCGCUACAAUGAGGAAAUGAGGACCAUGGACCCCGGCUACCCCAAACCCAUCACCGUGUGGAGAGGUGUGCCUGAAUCGCCACAGGGGGCCUUUGUGGAUAAAGCCAAUGGUUUCACCUACUUCUACAAGGGGAAGGAGUACUGGAAGUUCAACAACCAGUUCCUGCGAGUGGAGCCGGGCUACCCGCGCUCCAUCCUCAAGGACUUCAUGGGCUGCGACCUGAUGCCGGCCGACCCGGGGCGCCCGCCCUCCGACGACGGCGGCACAGACGUGGUGAUCGAGCUGGACAACGAGGCCAACACGGUGAAGGCGGUGGCCAUCGUCAUCCCCUGCGUGCUGGCGCUGUGCCUGCUGGUGCUGGUCUACACCGUGGUGCAGUUCAAGAGGAAGGGCACGCCGCGCCACAUACUUUACUGCAAACGCUCCAUGCAGGAAUGGGUGUGAGCGCUUUCCCGGUGGACGUCUUAAGCCACGCCCCUCGCAAACGGCCUGACAAUCGGCCCCCAAAGCCCCCCUAAGGCGUGACCUCGGGACUAGUUGACUGCGGAGUCGGCCUUCUUUGCUAACGGGCGGAGCGGAGGAACACUUUGAAGGAACGUCCUUCAGAAAAACAAAAAAAAACACGCGAGGUCGAUUUCCUUUUGUAUCUUUUUGCCGGACAGCUCUUAAUCAGCGGGAGGACUCGGGGCGGGACACUCUCCCACAGGCGAGUCCUUGUCAUCUGUCAUAUCAGGUGUUUGGGGCGGGAUCUAUUUUCCCAUCCCUCACGUCGCAGGGGUGUCCAAAGUGCAGCACAGAGGCCCUAUUCAGUACGCACUUCAUUUUUUACCGGCCAUUUUUAUAUCAUUUCAUUUCAUUAUUUUUUAAAUGUAAUAAUUAAACUAUUUCAUUAAUGUUUUUUAAUUCAAUCAAUGAACUAUUAAUCCACUUUUUUGCUUUGUCAACAUUGACAUAAGCGGGUUGUCAACAUAAGAUGGUUCCACUGUUUUUAUUAUUUUUAUUUAAAAAAUGAAUACAAUUAAUUAUUAAUAUUAAUACAAUUAUUAAUUAUUAUAAUAAAAUUAACUAGUGAAUUAGUUAUUAUACUAGAUUGCUUUGUAAUCGACAUAAGCCGGUUUCACUGUUUUUAUUCAUUAAUUUGAUACAUUUUUCUAUUUAAUUAAUUGAAAAAAUUAAUUACAUUAAUGUAAUAUAUAAUUGUAAUCAUUUCUAAAAUAAUUAAAUAAUUUUUUAUUACAAUAUUACAUUAUUUUACUUUCUUGUCUUUGACAUAAGCGAGUUGUUAUCACUUUUUUACUUAAUUUAAAUAUUAAAAUUGAUACAAUGAUGUUUACUUUUUAAUCAUUCAUUUCUAAAAUAAAGAAAUUAAUAUUUCCUAUCAUAUUAUACUAAUUAGCCUAGUCAACUCCAGCACAGAUGCACAGGUCAGUUGCUGAUAUUUUAGCCGAGCGUAGACUGACCUCCAUUGGAUCGGUUUUUCCGACGUGUGCCUCGGUGGCCGAAGUUUGGACACCCCUGGUCUUCAGCUACAAAAAAAACACAACGAUCACACUUUCUUUCCACUUUUCCCCCCUCAUUUGCAUCCUUUUAAUUCGGAAAGGAAAUCCUCACUGUUCCCUUUAAAAGGUUAACAAAACCAAAUAAAAUCUCUCCAAAGAGGAUCACCUUUUAUUCUGGAAUCCAUGGUCUGGUCCCUGGUCUGGAGCUCCGACUGUUGCGUGAGACACAGUGGCCAAAACCUUCUGCAAUAUUUGAAACUCGCCUUAAUUAUACGUACUCGUGCUUGGUUUCGCCGUACUGUUGUGUUUUUUUUCUAUACCGCUCGUGUUUGUUUUACUGGACGCAGCUUUAAAAGCUUCUUGUGGAUUUUAUUCCUCGGGAUUCUCAGCACUGGCUCGCCGAGCCAGGUCGUCCUGUGAUUCCGGAGUCAAACCACUAUUUAGUCUUUUCUAUUUGUUGAUGAUUUCUCUUUGGUUCCAAAUGGAGUGUGCACCCAAACGUCAUUCUCUGUGGUAUUCCGUCGAUGGACGGAUGGCUUUUCUACUUCUACUGCCUUGUUUUGAGCACUCAACAUCCCAGAAUGCUGUCGUCUUUCUGCCCCCAAAAAUGGAGAUCAGUGCCUGUGUCAUCAGCAUGCAUGCAAGCUCUUACAACCACACGCAUCUUCUCAAUGCAGCUCUGAAACAACAUGGAGGACUUUUAGUUCAUGGUUUUUUUCAUGCCCCCCCCCCAACCCAGUUACUGUAAUGCUACAUCCACACAAGGAUCAACAAAUACUUGGAAGUUUUACUUUUUCAUGUCCUCUCUGAAUGUCUGUUUUCAUGACAGUUUGGCACAAACGGAACAUCUCAGUCGUGGAAGACUUUGAGGACAACGGAGCAAAAUGUCCUGACAGAAUGAAUAAAUUGAUCAAUACAUGAUUAAGAGCUGCCUUCAAA